ACAAAAAAGAUGGAUUGUAUGUGGUUCAUUCUUACAAUUGCUUAUAUUUUAUUUUGUCUACCUAGUCACCAGUGCGAAGCAUGGCAGCGUCACGUUAACAAUACGUAACGUCACAGCUGAGGAUACUGGUCUUUACACUGCAUAUUUAAGAGGCAUUACGUGUUCUCCGCCGGAAACUGUUUUAAUUACAGUAAAAGAGCCUAAGGUACUUUCCACAAAUCUGCAAUUCCCUGACAACGUUACCAUCCAAGAGUUGGAGUGUCAACGAUGCCUGGUGGGAACGGUUGGCGUCUACACAAACGUGGAAUGUGUUGUGUUUGGAAUCAGCCAGAAAGACAUGGAUGUGCAAUUGACGCUAAGGAAACAUGGGCAAGAGGUUCCCAAUGUGUCUAUCGAAGUUUCUCCAUUUUAUCGAGCAUUUUAUGCAUACAUGCCGAGUGAUGAGGACACAGAUCAUACCGUUACUUGCGAGGUUGCUAGGGAUGGCCAACAGCCGAAAACAGUAUCAAUCACUCUUCUCGUUUUGCGGAAACCAUCGACUCCUACAAUCACGCUUUUGGAAAUAACCAAAGAAGGAAAACAUGCAAGCAUUUCUUGCAAAACCUUCAAUGCCAGACCAGAGCCAAGACUUUACUUCAUAUACAAUUUAACAACUUACAAUACAAGCAACAGCUUUUCCAAAAUGAAAGACGAUAAAACAGUUGAUGCUGAAACAAUAUUAGAAAACAAUUUUAGCAGAUAUGACAAUACCAGGAGCUUAACUUGUUGUGUUAAGUUUCGAGAGUAUGACCAAAACACGCAGAGAAUGAAAACACAUUGCUCAACUUCUGGCAUUGAUGUCUUAUUUCCACCAAAGUUUAUACAGCUUGAAGAAUUAGAGAGAACCAACGAUGAAAAAGGUAAUACCAGUCUCCGGUUACAGUGUACAAGCGACGUAUCUAAUCCUGUUAGUAAAAUAAGAUGGAACAUUACGUCCAAAUUUGAAUAUGAAUCCUCCCAGGAGAAGGAAAAGGUUGAACAAUUAUCCGGACAUGUUAGGACUAAGAUUUUAUCUGCGAACCUCACUCGACAUAACAAUGGAGAACCUAUUUCAUGUAACAUAGAAAAUCCUGCAUUUCCAGAGAUCAAAAUAUUCAACACCUAUAACCUCAACAUUACUUUCAAGCCGUUCAUCAGUUUUUCUCCCAGUUCCCCAGUUACUACCUAUGUGGAUGACAGUAUUACCGUUUUAUGUCAAUGUGACGCAAACCCAGCAGCUACGAUAGAAUGGUCAAACACUUCUUCGAAUGAUAUAGGUAAAGAGACUGAAGAGAGCAUAGAACUGAACAUGAAAUUUCACUCAACUGGCCGCCAUAACUUCACAUGCAAUGCGACAAACACAAUUGGUUCGGCGGUAAAUUAA